AUGGGGUCUUUGGAAGCCGCACCAAGGCACAGAGACCCUUUGCCCGCCAUCGGUGGUUUCAUAGGCAAGGACUCGGGGUUCAAACACCCUGUCUCAUCACCCAUCCCCCUUCACUCCUCCAGCAUGUAUUCCGGUCAACAAUUACCCUACUCCUACGCGUCCACGACCAACGCCCCCUCCCAACCCGGUUACAUCUCACCGCCAGAGUCGCGCCGGACCAUCGAGGAUGAAAAAGACAAGGCCACACCCCGCCAGUCCCUCCCAUCCAUUCACGAGGCUCUCGACCUUCCUUAUCCCGCUCCCACCUCCGCUCCUCAAUCACAAUCCGGUCUCACCGCACCACCAUCACAUCUGGUCGGGCGCUCCGGGGAGGGUCCGUCAGGGCCUCCGAACCCCUUCUCCAAUGGCCCGGCUUCGGGCUCCCUUAUGCGGGAAUCAGGCUACCCCCACCAGAACCAACUCCAAGCCGAGGCCUCGCGCAACAGUCUGGCCUCGAUUAACACGGCCGAUUCACGCAACCCGUCGCUCCACACCCUCAGCACCGGCAAGUCACCGACCCAGAGCGCCAAAACCGGCAUCACCUCGGUGACGGGCUCGCAGAAUUCCUCCGGUUACGAGUACAGUGCGCCGCCCUCUGCCGGCAGUGUCGCUUCCCCCAAUGGCUACACUCACUUCCCUCCCAACUACUCUUACCCUCAGCCGCCGAACGGCCCGUCAUACCCUCCGGCGCCCUACGAUAAUCGAUAUAUGAGUGCGCCGCGCGUGGACGAGGUCAAGGGUGGAUUUGUGGGCCGUCCGAUUCCUGGUCAGCCCCAUAGCGAUUCGGUGAAACGGCAUUUGGACGUCUACGAUGUGGAGACGUCUUUGAAUGAGAUCUCGGAGAUGAGCACACGAACACUUGACUUUUCACGGCACUACGCUGCCCGUGCACACCAAACACAACGGUCUGGCCCGAUCUUAGGGUCUCUACCCUCCCUCGGAGAAGUGGAAGACAUGCUCCAUAUGCAGCGUCGGAACCAAGAUGCGCUCAUCCGGAUACGGACGGCGGUCGUCAACCAGGAACAAGCGCUAGCGGAGCAGCUGGCGCAGCGCAAGGCCUACAAGCCCGGGGAAGACGAGCACAUGGCCAUGUACCAGGAAGAGUUCAAGGGCGCGGGUGGAUUCGCCGGAGCGGACUCGAAAAAACGGCGUGGAAAGGCGGCCCCUCCUGGUCGUUGCCACAGCUGUAACCGAGCCGAAACGCCGGAAUGGCGUCGGGGUCCAGAUGGUGCCCGAACGUUGUGUAACGCGUGCGGGCUUCACUAUGCCAAGCUCACACGAAAGAUGGGCGCGAACAAAGCGGCGACCCUGGGUUCGAAUCUGAAGCCGAAGACCCUCGACUCCGCAUCACCAACCAGUCAUUGA